AUGCCACGGGCUCGACUUCUGGGAAAAGAACGCAGCAUCGUAACGGAAAAAGCUCUCAAAUGCAAGGGCAUGGUCAGUGUCCGGCUUGAGGUGCUGUCGUUUCCAGAGAUUAAGACGAAAGAUCCCACGAAGCUGAAGAGCAAUGUGAAGAGGCUGAAGAAAGCAUUUCAGGAUGAAGGUUGCUGGCGGCUGCCGUUGCCGAAUCACAUUCCAGCUCAAAUCGAUAAGCAGAGUCUCGAUGCCGCCCUUCGACAUUCACAGCGCUCGAGCAAAGAACUUUUCGUGGGCCCUCGAGACGAAUAUCCCGAGCUCGAGUUUCCACCGGGUUACCAGCUCAUAUGCCUGGAUGGACAGAGCCGCGCUCUUGCCGCCGCAAAGGUUCUUCCUGUCGCGGACCGGAGGUGGAUCGUAGAUUUAUAUGCUGCAGACCUCACAGAAGAGCUCAGGACAAUUCUGGUGGAGGAAUACUCGAAUGAAGACCGUCUGCAUCCUGGAGAGAUCUACCGAAAACUUCGGCUGUAUCACCUCCAAAGGGACUUGCGAAUCGACAAUUGGUGGUUUGAAAAACGGUGCUGGGCACGUUUGUCAGCUCAUGGACGCCGCAAUGUCAAGCAGCUCCUGCGCCACCGUGAAAUAGCCUCGGCCUGUGAUGCCCUGUUGGACGUUGUCGGGCUUUGGAGCGGUUGGAGAACAAGCACCUGGCACAAGAUACUUUCAAUGGGUGUUGACGAGUGCAUCCUAUACCGCCUCGAUCUCAUGAAAGAUUUUUGGUACGAGAGCGUUGGGGUAGAACGGAAUGCGAUGCAGAAAGUCGACGAAAACAGCGUCAAAGAACUUGAGGGUACCGCCCCUGGGGCGUGCAAAGCGGAUGCUCGGGAUCUAUAUAAGAAGUUGAAGGCUGGAAAAAUCUUCGGAGCUUUCAAUGACCAAGAUCGCGAAAAGAUCUGGGCCGAAGUGUGUCGUCGGACGAAAGAUCGCUUGGUCUCGUCAUUUUUCACCUUCUUCGAGGAUUUGAACUGGCUGAAGGGCCCAGCUGACUGCGUCAAACGGUUGAUACCUAUAUCACCCGAUGACACGAUCCUCUACGCACUGGAACAGUACGUUUUCACGGGUGUUAACCAGCGAACCGGCCAGUGCUUGAUCCAGAAACCGGAUCAUACUUUCGCUUCUAAACCAGGAACUGAGGCCGAUCAAAUGAAUCUGGGAGUUUUACAGCUAUUUCUCAUCGCCAUGCGUAACCACCUUAACAUGCCGGCCGAACCCAAGAAAAAGAAUUUACUCGCAAAGCCAAGACCAAAGAAAGCGGAUCCCGAGGUCCUACACGAAUUUGCCGCCCAUGCCCACAAGCUAGGCUUUGAGUCCGAUGAGAUUGGUGAACUGACGAAACUUAGAACGACAUCGCGAGCACCGCAAAAGGAGUCAGCGUCAUCGGGUUCUGAAGACUCUAAUCCACCUAUCAGACGAUGCGGCAUCCCUUGGAGUUGUCAUCACGAACAGGACAAACUAAGCCUCUUUCUGGAACCUUUGUACGCCGUACGGAGUGGGGAGUUUGAAGAGAUGACAUCUUCAUUUGUGCGGCGGUCUGUCAUUCUUGCCUUUUUUGAGAAACCAACAAGCCUCUGCUUAAGCGAGGCGACGUCUCACCCUUCCAACCCUACGGUAGAUCAAGGGACGAUUGGUAAAGAACCUUCACCGAGGCUUGGACAGCCAAAUCAGCAGUUUCUGGAGCAGCGUCAUGUCGAACAACACCAAGGUCCUCGCAUUACCCAGGAUCCCUUGCAACAGGGUUUGCAAGCUGGUAACACCGUGCCAGAGUCUGAAAACUUUCCCGCGACCCAGCUUGGUCAGCAAAUAGUUACAAGGGAGGGCCAAGUUGAGUCGGAAUGGCUAUCCGACGUAGAGAUGUCUGAUGAAACAGAAGAAGUCCAACAUAAUACAAGGUGGGACAGACAAGGGAAUAGGCGGUUACAGAAGAAGAAAGCACGGCGGUCAAGUAAGCAAAGAAAGACUGCUAAGAAGAAAGGAGCAGUCAGUGCGAAAAAGAGGCAAGACAUAUUUGACGUGGGAGCAAUGCUGCUGAGCGUCGCUGAAGAGAGUAGUAUUCAGUCAAAACAACAAGAGGUGCACAGGGAACCGGAAAGUCCGAGCCGAACCACGCAGAUCAACCCUGACGGGUUCAAGGAAGGCAGCAUUCCUAUGCUACCGCAGAACCAAUCUUCGACCCUGGAUCAUAACGAGAUCAUGGAAGCGGGGCAGCCCACAGCGACAGAGCGACAAAGCGAGGAUCAAGGUAUGGUGCAGACGGUGACAGAGAACGUCGUUCACGAAACCACCACAUCAGAUAUUCCAACACUCCACGGAGAGGUAAGUGCGCCAAACACCGUGGGCCCAGCAGAAGCAGAGCGUCGUCGUGAAGCGCAAGAGCAACAAACGACCGAGCAAACCUUCAGGGAGCCAGAAGAGCGACAGAUGAUGGAGAGAACCCACGACGGGAACGAGGGAAACGAAGGGCAGCAUGUCAACCAGCGAAAGCAGGACGCCACUGAGAGAGAGCGAGGACAACAUGCUGCAUGGGGGAGGAUUGAUGAUGCGCAGACAACCCCGCCGCGAGAGAUGGCCCAGACCAAGGAUUCACCCCCUAGAGAUCAGGUCUUUCUGGAUGAAGCGGAACAGGAAUCAAUCGAUAAUCAGAUGAGGCGCGAUCGAGAAGAGUCUCUAUUCAGUCCCGAAUCAAUGUCGCCAAUGGAUGAAUCGACGAACGUAGAGACAGCGCCACAAAGAAGGAUCGAAACGGCGCCACAGCAUGAGGCAAAUGGGUCGGUGAACGGUAUCGAAGGGACUCCACCAAUGUUGAUUGUAGAUCAGCAGCAUGAGCUCUCGCCGGCCCAACAGGUAAACGCCGCAACAGAGGAGGUAGAACGCAUCUCCACGGCCGAAAUGAAGGACUCGGCAGAACGGGAAGCGAUUCCAACCCUUCCACAAUCCGAGAUACUUGGGAGAGGGCAGGAGAAGCUCGAAGAGCUGGGUGGACGUGUGAGCCAGGACCAGGAACAUUACGACGAGAUCGGACUAGAGCAGAGAAAACGAAAGACACCGGAUCUGGAUUCAGGCCCAGCUAUUGAAGGCCCUAGCCAGUUGCAGGAUCUGAAGUCCCCACCCAAAAUACGAGAGCCGGACCGAAAACGUGUCACUCAGAUCAACUUUGGCAGACUAGAGGAAUUGGAGAGCCUAGAGCGAGCGCAAGAAAUGUUGUCUCCCGGACAUGAUCGGGAUGGAGUUCGCGAUGGGGGAGAACUCAUUGCUCGAGAAGAUGAGAUUGUUCCCGACGUGCAGGAAGAGUUGAGAGGCGAUGGCCAAGCGCGAUACGAGCCGCUCUCUGGCGAGGGCAACCGAGCAGCAGUGGAGAACACCGAACGCAAUGUCGACGACCGGCUACGGGAGCGGGAAAACGAAGAAACCGCCGCGAGAGUGCGGAAGAAGGCGGCGAUAAAAGAGGUUGAGAGGCGAAGACAAGAGAGAUUACGGCAACUCAAGAAUGAGAAACCCGAGUUGAUGUCGGAGCAAAAGAUGAACAGAGAGCGAGCAAGGGAUCAACAAGAGAGGCAAGUAAAGGAAGACGAAGGCAUGCGCCGCAAACGGACCACACAGAUCGACUUUGGGAGGCUCGGAGACGCUGUUCAUGGGCAACCCAAGCCUAAAGAGAGCGCCAGUCGGCGCCCAAUCACAGAAAACGACGCCGGGGGCGGACCAGCCGAAGUUGUCGGGCUUGAUUCUGAUGUCAUCGCGACGACCAGUCAACAACCAGCAGAUCCUCCGAAAUUGACCAUGGAAAGACCCGGCCCUCAGAAGAUUCGAAUCCAUCUCAAGAUCUCUGACGGGAGGCUUGGUGAUGAGGACUGGAAAAGUCUAUCCUCACACGACGUGGAUCCCUCCGAGCCGGCAGACUUCAUGCGAUUCUUGAGGAAAUACACCAGAAAGGACACCGAAAAUCCGUGGAAUGUGUUUGCCGGGUCCCACAUGAUCACCCCAUUGACGAAGUUUGAAGACAUCAUCAAAGAUGGAAACAGCACCUUAUACAUAACUCGAGAAGGGAUUAUCGACACUCAUCUCCAUCCUAAUUCUCCUGCCGGCAAAAGAAUUCGAUCUUGA